GAGGAGGCGCACAGCCCUUUUGUUACCUGCACUAGACGUACCUGGCUGUUGGACGGUUGUAACGUGCUGAGAGUUUGAGGUUGCGGGGAAAUACUUCCAAGUCAGAUUCACAGAGUUUGGAUUUCAAUCUUGUGCAGACAGCAGUGACCCCCCCCUCCCCCCCUCCCCUUGUUUUCUUCUUCUACUAUUUUUACCUUUUAAAGACGCACCGAUGGUUGUGGGGGGAGGAGGGAGAGAGAAACAAGUUAAUUAGCAUUUUAGCGUUUUUGUUUGUUUUUUUUUUUUUUUUUUUAAAGUGAGGACGAAUAGCAGCCACUUCCUCCCAAGAACUCAUUCACCUUUCUUUUUUUUUUUUUUUUCCCUUUUUUUUUUUUUUUUUCUUUUCUCAAUUGCGGUCACGUUUCCAGCUUUCGUCUCGGACUCCUCUCAGCAUCUCACCUGUGCUGGACGAUGGGUUUGUCGCCGUCGAGGAUCCCCAAGGAGCUUCAGCUUGACAUGACGGGAACCAGGCGGUAUACGUGCCUCUGGGGGGGUUAGGAACGAUGCAGACGUGAACGCCACUUCGUGUUAACAGUGCAUGGCCUCUGGAUAAAGUGCUACCGAUCAUGCACAAACCCCUCCGAAAGUGGAGUCUCUACGUGUUCCUGUGUUUUGGCAUCAUAUACCUCAGACUAGGGGCCCUGUCCUCGGUUGUGGCUCUGGGUGCCAACAUCAUCUGCAACAAGAUUCCGGGGCUGGCACCUCGCCAGCGGGCCAUCUGCCAGAGCCGCCCAGACGCCAUCAUUGUUGUGGGCGAAGGCGCCCAAAUGGGCAUCAAUGAGUGCCAGUACCAGUUCCGGUAUGGACGCUGGAACUGUUCGGCGCUCGGAGAGAGGACGGUCUUCGGUCAGGAGCUUCGAGUAGGCAGUCGGGAAGCAGCUUUCACCUAUGCCAUCACGGCAGCGGGGGUGGCCCACGCCAUCACGGCCGCCUGCAGCCAGGGCAACCUGAGCCAGUGCGGCUGCGACCGGGAGAAGCAGGGCUACUACAACCAGGAGGAAGGCUGGAAGUGGGGCGGCUGCUCGGCCGACAUCAAAUACGGCAUCGAGUUCUCGCGGCGCUUCGUGGACGCCCGGGAGAUCAGAAAGACGCCCCGCCGCCUGAUGAACUUGCACAACAAUGAGGCAGGCAGAAAGGUUUUGGAAGAAAGGAUGAAGCUGGAGUGCAAGUGCCACGGCGUUUCCGGCUCCUGCACCACCAAGACCUGCUGGACGACGCUCCCGAAGUUCCGCGAGAUCGGCUACAUCCUCAAGGAGAAGUACAACGACGCCGUGCACGUGGAGGUCGUGCGGGCCAGCCGGCUACGCCAGCCCACCCACCUCAAAGUGAAGCAGACGCAGGGCUACCGCAAGCCCAUGGAGACGGACCUCGUUUACAUCGAAAGGUCGCCCAACUACUGCGAGGAGGACACGGCCACGGGGAGCGUGGGCACCCAGGGACGCCUGUGCAACCGCACGUCGCCGCACACGGACGGCUGCGACCUCAUGUGCUGCGGCCGCGGCUACAACACGCACCAGUACACCAAAGUGUGGCAGUGCAACUGUAAGUUCCAAUGGUGCUGCUUCGUCAAAUGCAACACGUGCAGCGAGAGGACGGAGGUUUUUACCUGCAAGUAAAAGGCCGCAAGGAAUGUCGUCAUCGGCGGGCGAAACGCCAAGGACUAGUUGAACAAAGACCCGACAGAGCGAGAUGUCCGCACGUCUUCGAGCAGUGAGAGAUUGUAUAGCUAAGCGAAUGGGAUUUAACACUAUCAGCUCUUCGUGGCGUCGUUUUGCACAGCAGAAUCUUAUCUAAUUGCUUUUCAGAAAGUAAUUGCUAAGUAUCAGUAGAUCAUAGCCCAGAACUUUGCUGUCAGAUAGGGAUUUGUGCUCUUGUACUGAUGUAUCCACAGUGAAGUUGGGACCACCCGUAAGGAAGAAGGCGGCCCUCGGAGGGGACUGGUGCUGCAGUCUGGUGGGGUUUGAGGGCGGGGGAGGAAUACACGCGUCGGUGUUUGGGAGGACCUCAAGAGAUGGACGCGAAUGACAAAAAAUGGCCACAGCUGAUUUGAGGUGACUGGGGGGGGAGGAAGAUCUGUCAAAUCUAUGAUUUAAAGAAAAAAAACAAAAAAGCAACAACUUUUAUAGAUCUUGUUGUAUCUCCGCUAAACGGGAGCUUAACUGAAUCUCGACCCGCACCCUCCCAGAUUGUCUGGGGCCGGUGUCAGAGGCCGAGAAAUGAAGAACAUGAUGUAAAAGCGUGGUGCAAUGUGUUGCACCAAAGUUUCGAGUGGGGAACUCUGUCAAACCCUUUGCUGCCAACUGGAAUACGGUGGAGAAUGUUAGUUUUCCAGUUACACUGGAACUGUCUGUUCUGAACACUGAAAAUAAAUUGUCUAUUUAUGUUAUAGUAUCUUAAAACAAAAGCACUAACGGGUAGAGAUGUCUUUUUUUGUACUAAAUGUAAUAAGAAAUACAUUUUUAGAAACUAUUAGGAGAUGACCACGUCGUUUCUAAAACAUUAUCUUUUAGAAAAGGAAAGGGGAGAAGAAAAGAAAAAAAAAAAAAAGAGCUUUCAUUGCUACUGUUGUGUUGACAGCAAAAUACAUAAUUCCCGACUUUAUAGUUUGAAGUUUCUUUUUCUUUCAUUUCUACGUCGAUGUCUGAAAAUUCACGUUUUCAUUCGGGGAGGAGUGUAGUUGUCAGAAAAAGAAUCGCCACCGGAGCAUGGUACAUAAACAAAACUGCACAAUCAUGCAAGGUUUUAUAUUUUAAACACAGUGGGUGUGGAAUUACAACAUAAAGCAUCGCAGAAAAAUGAUUUGUUUCACUCCUUCAGUGAUGAAGUGAAACCCAAACGAUUUGUCCUCAGGCUCCUCACAGAGUGGCACAUUUCAAGAGUUCAUUUUUGCAAAUAUUAAAAGAUUAUAUCACAAUAUCUGAGUGUUGCAUGGAACCAAUGUGUAAAAUAUCUUAAAUCCAGAAAUGUUAGACAAUAAGAAAAUCUGACAGUGGCUUGACGUCCUCCGCUGGGACAAAAACACAUCACUGCUAAGGAAGCUGGCAGGUCGGUGUGCUGGAAGGUUGAGUGGUAGGAAAAAGUGCAGCAACAAAAAGAGCACAUGCAUUUGGGAUGACCGCAGCCUUAAAAAGAUUGUAAAAACAACGCCGGUUCAAGAGUUUGGGUGCAGAAAUGACAUGCUGAGUCAUUUGUACUUGAUGACCAAUGGCUGUAACUUUGGCUAAGGAAAGAAGAAAAUGACUGGACUGCUGCUCAGAUGGUCAAAUGUCCUUUAGAUGGAAAUAGAUUUUAAUAAUCUGGAUUUGUGCCUCCAUGGCAACAGCAAUUCAAGCCAAAGUGAACACGGAGAAACGCAUACUACAAAAAACAUAGAAAUAGGUUUUAAGUGGGAUGACGUUUCUGAAUAACACGCACACAAAAAAUAAUCGAUUUUAUUGGUCUUAUAUUCUGCUUUUCUGGAUUUGGUGUUUUUACAGCCUUCGCAGUCAGAUGAUUUUAUUAAUCCAGACAAUGGUAUUAAUUUCAGGAAACCUCAUUUAUUGUUUUUAUCGUAGCGUUCUUGGUCUCAUCGGAAUACCAAAAUAUAGCAAACCAGUGCAGAACAUGCACUUCAGAUGUUGGAUCUACUCAAAUAAUAAAGUCUAAACAAUUUAAUUAAACUGAAUCUAAAUUAUUUUAUGACUACAUAUUUGUACUUUUUUUUUUUUUUUUUACAUAUUGGAGUUUUUGACACUGAUUUAACCUGAUGUUAAAGGUUUAGUGUGAUGUAGUAUGGGAUAUUUUAAUAUUUUAAGUUAUGUUCAUACAUUUUUGAGGUGUAGCUCAGAUGAAUGAAUUAUGAUGUAAAUGAUAAAAUAUAUAUACACCUUAUAAAUGACUUGCUGAUUCACCACAACAAUCAUAUUCCCAUUUCUUUUCAAAUUGCUUUUCAAGCAGCACACAAAAAACAAACCAUGUUUGUUGAAAGAAGGGAUUAUUUUAUUUUUCUACAUAUAAAAAAAAAAAAAGAUGUUCCUUUGAUUUAAUGAUGAAGUGCUUCAUGACACAUACACAAGAUUCUCCUGCAACCCAGUGGAGUCAGAACUCCACAUUCUUCUUUUAUUGCUUUUGCAUGUCCGUACAAGACAUUUUGUCUUCGGUGUUCAGUUGCCAGUUUCGACUGUUCCAACAAGCUUCCCAAGCUAUUAUUUGCAUAAAUUUUUCCCUCUUUGAAGGAAAACACACAUAGACACCCGCACGCAGACACACACACACACCCCACACACAACUGGCAGACAGUUUGGGGAAGCAUAAAUCAUUAAAAAUUAAACCUAAAUAAAUCAGGCACUCAGCUGACAGCAAUGUUAUUUUGUACACAGCAUAUGUUCGUAAUAUGCUGCGGUCGUACGUCCUGAUUGUGGUCCGCGUGGAAGGAGUAGCUAUUUCUUUCUCUGCUCGUGUGUAGAAAGGUCUUCAUCUCUAUGAAAUGUGAUCAGAAUCACAAUAACGAUGAACAAUAAGCUCGGAUAAUGGGAACCAACUGUCACCGACGAGCACAAAACACGGAUGGAAACAGAAUCUGGGUAAAUUCCUCCGAUUGUCGCAAUUCUUUUUCUACGAGAAACUGAUAUUGAACAAAAAUUUCUAAUUGAAAAGGGAAAAAAAAAAAAAAGACGUUUUACUUUUUUUCCCCUCAAUGUCUCGCAGUUAGAAAUAAAAUUUGCUCCCCUAUUUGCCAGAAUAAUAAUCAAACAAUUUAUUCCUAUCUUCAAAGUCAGAUGUUUAGACAGAUUUGAUUACUUAUUGCAAAUAUCUUUAUAGUGCACGUCUUGGGUGAAUCGUCUUCGCUACGUUUCCGCCAUCUUGUCGCAGUAGCUUCCCUCCUUACAGAAGAACCGGUGUGACCCAGUCGGGUUUUUACGACUCUCUUCAGCUCCGUCCCAAAAUGUUCCUCGACUGACCAAGACUGUAGAUUUUCAACAGCCUCUUAAACAACACUGACUUUACCGUGAAUAAUCUUUGGUGGGAUACUCGAUACUUGCUUUUGUUGGAUCCAUUCGUGCCUGAGCUCGAACUUCCCGGACAAAUGCGUCGAAUAUUUUCCCAUGGAGUCCACCGGUUCCCUCCUGUGGUUUAACACACAACGUGCUGCAGCCCCAUCUGAACGUCACAAUGCGAGGCCAUACUCAGGCGUCCCCCCCCCUCAAAUCUAACAAUGGACAUCAUGAGACCAAGCACCUUUUUUUUGUUUCUUACUUUCAGAGUGAAGAGUGGAUUCUGCCUUUUCUUAUGUCGCUUUCGAAGCAAUGGCUUCUUCCUGUCUGAGCGGCCUUUCAGCACAUGUUCGCGCUGAACUCGUCUCACUGUGGAUCUCGGCUCUCUCUGACAGUAUGGAGUCUUUUUGCGUUUGCCUUGCUGUCAGUGCACACGUUUAAAACCAAAACCCGUUCCUCCCGUCUUCUCCCUAAACAGAAUGAUGGCUGGGUUUUUAUGUCACACAUUUCGCACAAGUAAGCAGGUGUGCCUAAAAAUAUACCGGCAAGUUCUUCUUAAUUUAACUCGGAUGUUUUUAAUUCAAUUAUUUUGAUGAUUCUAACUGGUCUAAUGUGAGAAAAGUAGCAUGUUUUUUUUUUUUGUUGUUAGCAAAUUAUUUCAAAAUGGAGGUAUACAACAUGACUGGUCAAAAGCCUCAAAAUCUUUUUAUGCAACUACCGACAUGCCACGUCAGCCUUUAUCAAAACAUGAUAUCCUUCGCUUUCAACCCCGCAAGUCCUAAACGUAGCGGCAACGAUUAAGCCAAAUGUGCAGUACCAGAAGUCAGCCACAGGUGGCGCUGUCUGAAAAAAAAAAUCCAACGGUUUCUGAAAGGAGAGACGUUGCGCUUUCAAGCCAAUGUCGGGUUAUUACAGUAAUUUCAGUCCCGCCAUAGCAGGGAGUCAAAUUAAUCUGAGGGUCAUUCUUUUAAUAGAUGGUAAAAUGGCGAAAAUAACCUGCUGGGAGCUAAAAGUUCCAGUUGUUGUGGAUAAACGGGCAAAAGUAUUUACUCAUAGGACAUUUAAAGAACUGCGUACACAUACAAUUGAAAUAAGCAAGAAAUAUAUAUCCAGGUGGAGAUUUUAAAUUUAGGACAUAAAAGGUGUUAAAAAUAAAGACAAACUAAAUAAUGAAAAUAAUAAUAAUAGAGGAUUUUUCAUUCUGGCUCAGCACUAGAGUCCCGUGUUUACGGCUGGGCCUGACCGGAGCUCCUCUGAAUAAGAAGAGGACCUUUAUGCAAAUGAUCUGAUGUGAAUGGGAAGUGGCUCAGUGUGGCCCUUAUUUAAGGGGCACACAAAGAGACAUGUAAGACCUUUUGUGGGGGUGUUUGGGAGACGAAUGGGACGGCUCGGUGAAAGGAGGUGCAUGCGCAGCCGGAAACUGCGAGUGAAAAGAGCGGUUAUUUAAGAGAGGAGCUAAUUGAGGGCGUUUUUUUUUUUUUUUUCCGGAGAAAGAGUGGGUACACUGUGCAAGUCGGGGCAGCUGUUGAGGCGACUUGGUUACUGGUCGAGAGAGCAGUUCAAAGACAUUUAGGGGUGCCGUUAAAGUUAUUUACCGCGUUAAGGCCACUCUCCUGGGCAGCCAAAGGAGUUAAAAGAGUUUGAAAUUUCCUUUAAUUAAAUCCUUUUGAAAUCAAACAAAACUUUAUUGGUCACCUAACAUGGCACCUAAUUUCCCCUCCCAAGUUUCUGUUGUGUCUUUAAACUCUUUCUAUGAUUCUGUGCGAGCCGCGCUGCUCCGUCCAUCCGUCCCCCCCAAUGUGCGUGUGAAAAGCAUUGUGGGUGGGCAGCAGAGCAGAAGUAAGAUGUGUUUUGUCAGUCGCCUGAAGCCCAGGGGACCGGAACCCCGUAAGCUCCCCUGCAUUGUGCCCGUGGUUGAGAACAACUAAAUCAGUUUGUUUCACAUUUUGCGAUAAAAAAAAAAAAAAAUUUUAGACCAGUAAAAGCCAGCGUCUGUGGCGCACAGCCUCCAUCGUUGAUUUUAUCGGAAAUAUCAUUCAUCUUCAGGAUUUUAAUUUUCUCAAUUCCGAGACUUGAGUCCAAAUUUAUUUAUAUAAUCUUGUGACUGAGUGACAAUGUCCUGGGGAUGAGUUUGUGUUUACCAUGUUUGCACUAAACCGGCAUUACUGGGGGUCGUAGUUCAUAUUUCCCCAUGACUUGUCCUCGUGUUAUCACUAAUGCCGUCAAGAGACAAAAAAAAAAAAAAAAAA